GGCCUCCAAACACCAUUUGGAAAAUGUUAGGGCAUCCAUUAAAAAUUUAUUUUGGACCAUUCCGGAGAAAUAUCAAUAUUAAGAAAGCCGAAAGCACAAUUCAUAGGUCGAUUUGCCAGUAUGCUAUUGUUGGGGUUCAUGAAAAUGAAUCUUUUUAUCGAUUAAAAUUUGUUGAGAUAUCGGAAGGGUUUUUAGGACCUUACGGAUUUUCGACGAACCAAAAAGGACGGAGGAACGAAGCAGACGUGGGACGAUCGGUUGAUUCGUGGGAGUCCGGCGGUUGCCACCACCACCACCCACGACCUCCACACUUUCGGCGGUUCUUCCCUCGCGGUUCGGUGACGUCUCGGGUAUGCCCUCGUGCUGCGUCUCUUCUUCCUUGCUCAGCAACGCCCUUCGCGGCUGCUCCGAGAUUCUGGGUUGGUCGUUCCAUCGUCUUGCCCGGAGCGAGCGAAAUGGUGUCCAAAAGGGGCGUGUCGAAUUCGUCGAGACCUGAGUCGGCGGUGGCUUCUGAGGACAAGAAAGGGAAGAAAUCGAAAGGAUUGGUGGCUUCAGUUCCUAGUUCUAGCAAAAGUCAUGUCAAGAAAAAUUCUGGUGCAAGCAUCGGUGAAGUCGUGUUGCCUAAUAAUGACCCAGCCAAAAUUGAGGCGAUGACAUUUCAGGAAUUGAGAGCUACAUUGAGGAGAAUUGGAAUCCCAGCCAAAGGGCGUAAACUGGAUCUAAUAUCUGCCUUGAAGUGUCAUUUCAAUCAAGAAACAAAUGGUGAUAAGAUUGAGGGAGCAGAGGAUCAAGCAUCUUAUGGGUUCUCUGAAUAUAUUUCAGUUUCAAAGAGGGAAGAGAACUUUAAUGAGAAUAAUUGUGUUGGAGCAAUUAGCUCCGACUCAAAAAAUUCUAGAAUGCAAAGAAGUAAGAGGGUAAAACAGUCUACCAAGGAAAAAACGAUGAAAGUUGAUGGCACAGUGGUCAGAUCAAAGCAGAUGCAGUCAACUGAAACUGAUGAAAUUGCUGGUGAAAUGACGAAAGGGAAAUCGUCAUCCAUUUUGAAGAAAAAAGUUGCAGGAGUUUGUAUUGAAGAAGUAGGAGCCAAAGUUAAUGGAACAAUAGAACCAUGGACAAUUCUCGCGCACAAGAAGCCACAGAAGCACUGGGUCGCUUACAAUCCUAGAACCAUGAGGCCUCCACCUCUUUCAGGGAAUGUGAAUUCUGUGAAGUUGAUGUCUUGGAAUGUCAAUGGUUUGAGAGCAUUGUUAAAGAUGGAGGGGUUUUCUGCUCUUCAGCUUGCUCAAAGGGAAAACUUUGAUGUAUUGUGCUUGCAGGAGACCAAACUGCAGGAGAAGGAUGUAGAAGCAAUCAAAGAUCGGCUAAUAGAAGGUUAUGAGAACAGCUACUGGACGUGCAGUGUUGCCAAACUUGGUUAUUCUGGUACAGCAAUCAUCUCACGGAUAAAGCCCCUUUCAGUUACAUAUGGCUUGGGCAUAUCAGAUCAUGAUUCUGAGGGACGGCUUGUCACUGCAGAGUUUGAUUCGUUCUAUCUCUUGAGCGGUUACAUUCCUAAUUCUGGUGAUGGCCUGAGAAGACUGACGUAUAGGAUUUCACAGUGGGAUCUGUCUCUUGGUAACUACAUAAAAGAACUUGAAAAGUCGAAGCCCGUGAUUUUGACCGGUGAUCUGAAUUGUGCCCAUCAGGAAAUAGACAUUUACGAUCCUGCGGGAAAUAAAAGAAGUGCUGGAUUUACAAUUGAAGAAAGGGAAUCUUUUGAGACCAACUUCCUGUCAAGGGGCUUUGUUGAUACCUUUAGAAGACAGCAUCCUCAUGCUGUUGGUUAUACUUAUUGGGGUUAUCGGCAUGGCGGGAGGAAGACAAAUAAAGGGUGGCGGCUCGAUUAUUUUCUUGUUUCAGACUCUUUAGCAGACAAAGUUCAUGACUCGUACAUCCUUCCUGAUAUCACCGGUAGUGAUCAUUGUCCUAUUGGCCUUAUUCUUAAGCUUUAGUUCUGUCAUCGCUUUUGGGAUCUUGGUGAAUGGAUUCUGUGAAGGUAGUCGGGCAGCGUCAUCUUAGAUGCUGGUUGGUGAAAAGUAUCGAGCUUUUAUUGUCAUUGUCAUUCAUGUUGAAGCCACUAGCAAGGGAAAGUUUUUUUGAUGAAAUUUGCUUAGCAAAGGGGGCAAAGAAAAGGAGGACGAGAUGAGAGGGCUGACUGUAUUUACUUUGUCUGGGCCCUGUGGAGUGAUCUGGGUUUUUUCUAGAUUAUUUUACAAGGCAUCUUUUGGAGGAAGAGUUAUGAUGGAACAUUGAAAUCACUUCCGAAAAAAUCCGUGCAAGUUUUUGAACAUACAUUCUGAUGCCGAAGCCAGUAGGGGAAUAAUGCUGAAAUGCUGAGUGCAAGUUUUAGGUACAACUGUUCUAGUUCGCAAUUCAAUCUGAUUAUCUGGUGGAUGUUUUUUUUAAUUGAAAAGGAAGUCUGGGAAGACAGUUGUCUACAACCGUCUGCUGCUCAGUCUUUUAAGGAGUAAGGCUGGGCGUAGAAUGACUUAUCAUGGAUCCUUGCUUGCGUCUUGUUGCUAGAGAACCUCAAAGGAGCACAUAUCAGCAAUAUGUCGUUUUUGGCUCUUGAAUUUUGUAUAUGAACGUGGUAGACCUGAAGAUGAUGAUGUUCCCAUAAUUAAGUGCGAAAAUGUUGGCAAUGUUUUAGACAAAUGUAAUUAGCAAGUUUCAUUUAUUUAUGGAAUCCUCCAGCUGCUCAAGUGUAUGACAGUUCGCUUGAUUCCUUGACAACUACGAAUGCUCCUAGAAUUUGUCUUUGCAUGAUAAGGAAAAUUUGCUUGGAAUUGUUAUGUUGGUUAUACCAGGAAGUCCCAGCAGGCUUCACAAAGGCCAGGAUAAAGCCUGAACUGCUAAUUAUUAUCAUCGUCCAUUGACAUGUU